AUGGAACUCAGGUCCGCUCCUCGCCGCUCUUCAACCUUGUUGCUGUCUGCUUCUCAGGGCCUGGCCAAUAUCAGGGACGCCUGCACCAUCUGCGCCAUGGACGAACUCGGGUCACGGCUAUGCAACAGCUUCUCGCCGUCUGCAUGCAGCAUGUCCUCGCCAUCUGCGAGUGGAGCCUCUACCCCAAGCACGGUGUGUGUGGCCUACUGGCCUUCAAUGUCUGCAGAGUGCAGAUCAGUUUCCCUCGUCCUCGUCUGUGGUCUGCUUGUCAAGACGAAAGUAACUCCCGCUUUAGCGCCCGGCGGGCACGUGCUCCACACGAACCCGGCCAGCGGCUCGAACGUGGUGCACGCGCGGCCCUCCAGCGCCUCGGUCACGACGGUGGAGACUGCCGGCGGGGGUGGCUGGGUGCUCGCGCGCUCGCUUGGCUGCGGCGUCGUCGUCUUGAUGCGCUGCGGCUGGCCGUUGCGCCCGAGCCGGAGCGUCCCGGAGAAGUUGAGCGACUUGAAGCUGGGGAGGCAGUACGAGAAGGUGGCUGGUACAUGUCCCUGGUCUGCGACAGGAACGACAGCGGGCCACGCCCGAGCCCCAGCAGCCCCUGCGGCGUCGUUGCUGGUGUCGACGGCCAGGAGCAGCUGCGGCGGCGGCAUGCCGAGGCGGGUGCGCACCACGUACGUGGGCGUCUGCAGCAGCUGCCGCCCCGACGCGAUGGGCGCGUACGCACGGGCGCAGCCACGUGCCUCCAGCGAGUCUAGGUACAGCAGCCGCGACGCUCACGCGACGCCUGGUCUGCCAGAACCCCGCCCACGACGGCGCCGCCGUCCCGGGCCCAGCGGCGAGCAGGGACCGAACGCGUGCGACACCUGCAGCGUGUUCCCGGCGUCCGGCGGCGUCGCGGGGCACGACGAGCUCGAGCUCGAGCUUGGGUGCGACACGGCCGCCCCGCCCGCGACCACCAGCAGCAAAGGGAAGUAG